AUGCCUGUAACUUUCUGUGAUAGUGACAAUGCACUGACCUUCACUGCUACUAAUCCAGCAAACAAUGCAAGAUCUGUGAAUGUGUGUGCACUUGGAGCCCAUGACUGUGAGCAGAUUUGUGUGAGCAACAGUGGAUCCUACCUUUGUGAUUGCUAUGAAGGCUACGCUCUGAAUCCAGAUAAGAGAACCUGCUCAGCUGUGGACACAUGUGCACCUGGAAAACACGACUGUGAUCAGAUCUGUGUGAGAAACAACGGAUCCUAUGUCUGUAACUUCUAUGAGGGCUACACCCUGAAUUCAGACAGGAAGACUUGCUCAUCCACGGACAUGUGUGCACCUGGAAGGCAUGAUUGUGCACAGGUGUGUUUGAAUAAUGAUGGAUCCUACAGCUGUGACUGCUAUGAAGGAUACACUCUGAAUGCAGACAAGAAGACUUGCUCAGCUGUGGACAUGUGUGAACCCGGAAGGCAUGACUGUGAGCAGAUCUGUGUGAAACACGAUCUGUCCUAUACUUGUGACUGCUACCAAGGCUACACCCUGAACCCAGACAAGAAGACUUGCUCAAGAGCCACAACAAGCAGUCUUGUAACUACUGAAGAGUCCUGUAAGUGUGAAGCCAUAGCUGCCCUGCAGAACUCAGUCACCUCACGCCUUGAAGCUCUGUCUACAAAAUUAGACAAAGUGUCUGAGAAGCUGGAGGCAUAUCAAGGUGGACAGCAGGUUGUCUGAGCUAUCAUUCUACUUAAUCUUCAAAUACUCUUUCAGAAUCAAUCCUUUUUAUUGAGUUCAGCAAGCUUUAUUUUGUUGCACAGCUCACAAAACAGCAGUUGGUUUGUUGUUAUUGACAAAGAAUAUGUCAAGAAGACUUCAGGAAGACAACAGAUCCUGGAUCUUCAUGUGCAGUCACUUUAUAACCAUAAAGCUGUCUGUACCUGCUCUGCUUUGCUGUACAA